GUCGCCGCCGCCGUUGCCGGAGCUGUAGUGGAUCUGUGAGUGGACCGUGUGGGCUCGCGUGGUCUGAGGAGGAGUUCGACUGUCUCUACGGCGGACAUUUCCUCACAUCCAUUUUCUUCAAAAUGAAUGUUAGUGUCACUUGCUUAAGACCUUUUGCCAGGUUGCUGGUGCCAUUUACUCUUCAAAGGAGGAAAAGAAAUUUAUAUCCAAUAAUUCUACAGAGAUACAUGUGUUCCAAAAUACCUGCUGUGCCCUACCCUAACAAAGAGAAUUCAUCCCCUCCUGCACAGCUGGAAUUAGAUGGAUGGAAAACUACAAUGAAAGCUAGUCUGCAAGAAGAAAGUGUUUCAACAGUCUCAAACAAGGAUGAAGAUUCUUUCGCUGCCACUAGAGAAUUAAUUGAGAUGUGGAGAUUGCUUGGCAAAGAAGUACCAGAACAUAUCACUGAAGAAGAGCUCAAAACUGUUAUGGAAUGUCCUUCUAAAUCAUCCAAAAAAAAAUACCUAAAAUAUUUGAGUAUUAAGGAAAAACUUAAAAAAGCUAGGCAAAUGAAAAAAGAAGUAAAAGCAAUAGCAAGGGAAGAAGCAAAAAAAGCCAAGCUGCUAGAAACCACUGAGGAAAAACAACAAAACUUUCUAUUUCUUCGACUUUGGGACAGGAAUAUGAACAUCGCAAUGGACUGGAAGGGGGCCCAGGCUAUGCAGUUUGGACAACCUUUGGUUUUUGAUAUGGCUUAUGAUAAUUGUAUGAACUCCAAAGAAAUGCGAAAUACCGUUUCUCAAGUUUUAGAAAGUGAAGGAUGGAACAGAAGAAAUGUUGACCCUUUUCAUAUUUAUUUCUGCAAUCUUAAAAUAGAUAGUGCUUACCAUAGAGAGUUAGUUAAAUGUUACAAACAAAAAUGGGACAAAUUACUUUUAACAGCAACAGAAAAGUCUUAUGCAGACUUAUUUCCAAAGGACAGUAUUGUAUAUUUAACUGCAGAUUCUCCUAAUGUUAUGACUACUUUCAAGCAUGAUAAAGUUUAUGUAAUUGGAUCAUUAGUUGAUAAAAAUAUGAAACCAGGUCUCUCCCUAGCUAAGGCAAAACAGCAAGGACUGGCAACACAACGCCUUCCAUUAGAUAAGUAUUUACAAUGGGACAUAGGUACCAAAAAUCUCACCUUAGAUCAAAUGAUACGUAUUUUGUUAUGUCUGAAAAACACUGGUGAUUGGCAAGAGGCUCUGAGGUUUGUUCCAAAAAGAAAGCAUUCUGGUUAUCUGGAGGUUUCCCAGUAUUCUCAAGACUUUGUAAAUAAACUGAAGAAGACUAAGACUUUUAGUUCAUAUCCACAGAACUCUUUAAAUGUAGGCAAACAGAAAAAGUGACUUGAAAAAGGAAAAUUUAAUCAAGUUCAUUUCUAACUGCUGCGUUAUGUCUUUUCCAAUUAGAUAUCUUCAGAACUUUGAGAAUUAUGCUUUGUUUACUGUAAAAAGACAAUCUGAAAAAAGUCCUCCUAGGUUUGUUGAUUAAUCCUUAAAUAACCCCAAUAAAACAGUACACUGCUGUG